GGUCGCGGCGGCUGAGGCGGCUGAGGCGGCGUCUUUCCCGCCCGGGCCUGUCUGAGGGCUUCGCCGCCGCCGCCGCCUCCUCCUCCAUGGCCGGGGUGGUGCGCUCCCUUGGCCGCUGCCUGUGGCCGGCGGGCGGCGACCCCGGGGCCGAGGCGGCGGCCGGGCCUGUGGAGCCGAGCAAGGAAAGCGGCCUUCCCCGGUCGCCGCCGCCGUCCUCGCCGCCGCCGCCGCCUGUUUCUCUCCGCCGCCGGGAGCUGGAGCGGGAGGCGCGCCGGCGGAGCCGCGAGAUCGACGCGCUGCUGGCCCGCGAGCGCCGCGCCGUGCGCCGCCUGGUGCGGAUCCUGCUGCUGGGCGCCGGCGAGAGCGGCAAGUCGACCUUCCUCAAGCAGAUGCGCAUCAUCCACGGCCGCGAGUUCGACCAGAAGGCGCUGCUCGAGUUCCGCGCCACCAUCUACGAGAACGCCCUGAAGGGCUGCAGGGUUCUAGUUGAUGCGCGGGACAAACUGGGCAUUCCUUGGCAGUACGCGGAAAAUGAGAAGCAUGCCAUGUUCCUAAUGGCCUUUGAAAAUAAACCGGGCAUGUUCAUUGAACCCUCCGUGUUCCAGUUGUAUGUACCAGCUCUGACCGGCCUGUGGAGGGAUUCUGGGAUCAAGGAAGCAUUCAGCCGUCGAAGUGAAUAUCAGCUGGGUGAAUCCGUAAAAUAUUUCCUGGAUAAUCUGGAUCGGAUUGGCCAGUUGAAUUAUUUCCCCAGCAAACAAGACAUCCUGCUGGCUAGAAAAGCGACCAAAGGAAUCGUGGAGCACGACUUCAUCAUUAAGAAGAUCCCUUUCAAAAUGGUGGACGUGGGUGGCCAGAGGUCUCAGCGCCAGAAGUGGUUCCAGUGCUUUGACGGCAUCACGUCGAUACUGUUCAUGGUCUCCUCCAGCGAAUACGACCAGGUUCUGAUGGAAGACCGGCGCACCAACAGACUAGUGGAGUCCAUGAACAUCUUCGAGACCAUCGUCAACAACAAACUCUUCUUCAACGUCUCCAUCAUUCUGUUCCUGAACAAAAUGGACCUCCUGGUGGACAAAGUCAAGACGGUCAGCAUCAAGAAGCAUUUCUCAGACUUUAGGGGCGACCCUCACCGCCUGGAAGACGUCCAGCGCUACCUGGUGCAGUGCUUUGACCGGAAGAGGCGGAACCGCAGCAAGCCCCUUUUCCAUCACUUCACCACCGCCAUCGACACCGAAAACAUCCGCUUCGUCUUCCACGCGGUGAAGGACACCAUCCUUCAGGAGAACCUUAAGGAUAUCAUGCUGCAGUGAGUGAAAAUGGAAUCCUCUCCGGGGAAACUUUAGCCUAUAGUAGGGCAACCUUGGCCCCACAGGGUGUCUGUCCUCCGAAGAUCCGUGCUGUGCCUUGGGUUAGGAAAGCCGAGAAGCGGAAGCGGGAAGGAUUUGCAGGAGCUUCCAGCGAGAGCUCCUGCAUCGCUGCUCCUCAACCAAGAACACAACCGAACGAUCUUAUUUCCUCUCGGCUUUGGGGGAAGCCAGAGUGGUGGGGAAAUGCAAGCAGGGCGUCUUGUGUGAAUUGAUCUUAUUCUGCAACGAGGCCGGAACGUUCUAGCCUCCAUACCCGUCAGCCUUAAAUGAGUUUGGGGUGCUGAAAUAAUGAAUUUGGUAAUAUAUUUCAUUUCUUCACCGAGGUUUCGUUCGAAGAGAACACAUGGCAAUUCGCGGUCACAAUUCCGAGACCAGUAUAGGAGCCAGGGGCAUACCCAGAGGUUUGCCAGCAUUCGGAUA